AUGGCGACGGAUGCAUCCUACAAGGACGCCCUCCUCACUCUGCUAUUAAAGGCGUCUGCGCUCACCUUUGGCACCUACACCCUCAAAUCCGGCCGCAUAUCACCAUACUUCUUCAACUCUUCCCUGCUGCACACCUCGUCCCUCCUAGACGCCCUUGCACGCGGGUUUGCUUCAGUGCUGACUGCCCCUCCUUAUUCUCUGCCGCUUGGUACCGAAGAGGCUGGUGCAGAAGCAGACGGCUCGUUCGCCCCUCAUUUCGACGUGGUCUUUGGUCCGGCAUACAAAGGGAUCCCAUUGAGCGCAAUCGUCACCCGAGAGUUGUUCUUCGCCGGAGAAAACUUUGCCGGUGUAUCAUAUGCGUACAACAGGAAAGAAGCAAAGGAUCAUGGAGAAGGGGGUAUCGUCGCCGGAGCGCCACUCAAGGGCAAGCGGGUAGUCAUUGUGGACGAUGUCAUGACCGCCGGCACCGCCCUGCGCGAAGCUGUCUCCAUCAUCAAGGCUCAAGGCGGCAUCGUGGUUGGAGUGGUCCUUCUUUUGACCAGACAAGAGCGUGUCUCCGAUGCUGAGCCGAGAAGUGCUGUGAAGGUGGCCGAGGACGAACUAGGUGUGCCAGUGAGGGCUGUGCUCACAUUUGAAGACCUGCUCGAAGCCAUCCAGGCUGGGAAGGUUGAGGGAGCCGGACAGGAACAACUCGAGCUCAUGAAGGCCUACCGUGAAAAGUAUGGGAGCAAAGAUUGA